GAACCCUGAGUCAAUGGCUUGGGAGAGUGGGUUGUAAAAAAACUGGGGAAAAGCAUCUCCAGCAAUAAAACUGCAGGUAUCUGUCAGAACUCCGAGGAAGAAGAAGAGGAAGUAAAGGGUGUGGCAAGGCGGCAGUCAUGUUGGGGGGCAUCCUUCUUCCCACCUCACUCUCACUCCCACGGAUACGUUUGCUGUAUUAUUUUUGCCUCCUCUGUCUCAUCUCAUCCAACCGUCUUCUUGCCGGGACUGGAGCAAUUAUGGACAGUGGGGAGUACAGCCCUAAAAGCAAUGGUGAAUGCUCGGAAAAGAUUAAUGAAGUCUCACCAGUUAAAUGUGCAUUUGCAAUAUUUGAUGCUGACUUCUUCAAUGAUACUAAGAUAGCCGAGAUUGAGCAGGGUGCAACCGAGCUGAAUAUCCCUAUAUCAAGAGCCAAUCGUAAGUUAGUUGCUUCUGUUAAUGGAGGUUUACAUGAUCCAUCUUAUUUGGUUUUCAAUCCUGAGGGGGGAAAUGAACAAGUGCAAAGCAAAACCAAAAGAUUCAGUUGUCCUUCCCUUUCUGGAAUACAGAGGCCUGAAGGUGAAGAAGAUAUUGCCUUCAUGACUGUUCUUGAACUGGGGGAACUCAUUAAGACAAAACAAAUUACCUCUGAGGAGCUUACUCGGAUUUUUCUUCAUAGAUUAAAGAGGUAUAAUCUUGUUCUUGAAGCUGUGGUCACUUACACUGAAGAAUUGGCAUACAAGCAGGCAAAAGAGGCUGAUGAAAUGCUUGCUCGAGGAAUAUAUUUGGGUCCCCUUCAUGGGAUUCCAUAUGGGUUGAAGGAUAUAAUUUCGGUACCCCAGUACAAGACUACUUGGGGUUCAAAAACUUUCAAAGAUCAAGUUCUUGACAUUGAAGCUUCGGUUUACAAGAAGUUGAUGUCUGCUGGGGCUGUUCUUGUUGCAAAGCUUGCUACUGGAUCACUGGCAUAUGAUGACAUCUGGUUUGGAGGUAGGACGAGGAACCCAUGGAAUAUUGAGGAAUACUCUACUGGUUCAUCCUCUGGACCUGCUGCUUCCACCUCAGCAGGCAUGGUUCCUUUUGCAAUUGGCUCAGAAACGUGUGGCUCCAUAACCUACCCUGCUGCACGUUGUGGUGUGACUGCAUUACGCCCAACUUUUGGUGCUGUUGGUCGAACCGGUGUAAUGAGCAUAUCGGAAAGCUUGGAUAAGAUUGGACCAUUCUGUCGAAGUGCUGCAGAUUGCACAAUUAUUCUGGAUGCUAUUCUAGGAAAGGAUCCAGAUGAUCCCUCCUCAAAGGACAUUUCCCUUGAUGACCCAUUCUCAGUAGACAUCACAAAUCUUACUGUUGGGUAUCUGGAUGAUGCUGAGAUGGAGGUUGUUCGUAUACUUGAAUCAAAGGGUGUUAAAAUGGUUCCUUUCAAAUUGAAUUACACUGUCAGCCAUGUUCAAGGAAUCCUCAAUUUUACGAUGGACGUUGAUAUGUUGGCUCACUUUGAUGAGUGGCAGCGAUCUGGGGAGGAUGACUUUUAUGAAGCUCAAGACCAAUGGCCUGUUGAACUACGCCGUGCACGCGUGAUUCCUGCAGUAGACUAUGUUCAGGCACAGAGAGCACGAGGAAAAUUAAUUCGGGAAAUUAGAGAAAGUUUUACCGUCGAUGCUUUCAUUGGCAAUGCAACUGAUUGGGAGAAAGUCUGCCUGGGCAAUCUUGUUGGUAUGCCUGUUCUUAUUAUCCCAACAGGUUUUACCAAAAUAUCUAGCCCGCCUCCUGAUGGUAGUCGACGAAGGAGCACCAUCACCACCGGCAUUUAUGCUCCUCCAAACCAUGAUCACAUUGCUCUCGCACUAGCCAUGGCUUAUCAGUCAGUCACCGAGCACCAUAGACAACGUCCACCUAUCGAUGAUCUUGGGCCAAAUGACUUUAUAGUCGAUUCCAUACCUACUCCUGAUUACCUAUCCUCCCAGACAAUUCCAUGUUUAGAAGGAUCUGUACCUUCUGGUUCAGCUGUCACGAUGUAGCUCUCGUGUACCAGCUGCAUAUUAGUAGUCAUCCAGCACAUUCAAAUUAUUUUCAGUGUUGCAAUGGAGUCGGUGUUAUCAAACCAAGUCAUGUAAUAAAUGUAGUAAACUAAUCAACUGCCCAUAAUGGGCGUUUCCUGAACUUAUUUUGGAGAUGGGUUUUGGCUUAGGUUUGUAUCUUAGGAAUGCUUCAAUCUGGUCCUUCUUUGUUCUUGAGAUGGACAGUUCACCUUAA